UUUCAGGCACAUACUCAAAUACACACAGACAUACACACACACACACACACACUGUUGUUCUCACAUAGACCGUACCCUAGUAUCGCUGUCUGUACUUUCAGCUGUCCAUACUCUGAGCAGGAUGAAGGUGUCGGAAGUCAUCUUGGUCUUAUCCCUCUACAUCCAUGGGGUUACUGCCAACAUGGGUGAUGAUAAACUGUGCUACAUUCUGGAUGCGAUCCUGGUCCUCUAUGGGAUUGUGCUGACGGUCCUCUACUGUCGACUGAGGAUGUCCCCAGCACCAAGUGGAAAGUCAGGGGUCCAGGCUGGAGCAGGCGAGGGCAUCUAUCAGGGAUUGACCCCCCAUGCCCAGGACACCUAUGAGACAAUCCAGGUGAAGAAGAUGUGAAGGCAUGAGAUGGACUCACCAGGAUCAGAGAGCAGAUCCACGAAGACUAGGUUUAGAGUUACCCCACCCAGACCAGGUUUAGAGUUACCCCACCCAGACCAGGUUUAGAGUUACCCCACCCAGACCAAGGUUUAGAAUGACCCCACCCAGACCAGGUUUAGAGUUACCCCACCCAGACCAGGUUUAGAGUUACCCCACCCAGACCAGGUUUAGAGUUACCCCACCAAGACCAGGUUUAGCGUUACCCCACCCAGACCAGGUUUAGAGUUACCCCACCCAGACCAAGGUUUAGAAUGACCCCACCCAGACCAGGAUUAGAGUUACCCCACCCAGAUCAGGUUUAGGCUGGGACUGAACCUGACUGAAUGGCUACCGCUGUCCUGUUGAAUCCUAUCACACUCACCCUCUCUUCCCAGUCCUUUUUACUCUACCUUUAAUUUUCUCAUUACAUACAUUUAAUGUUUAAUAUAUGGGGUUAUUAUUGCAUUUAAUAUAUGGGUUUAUUAUUCUGUCUAUUUACACUCUGUAGCUGGUGUAUACUAUUAAGGUCAAUCAUUGAAAAUGAAAGAGAUUAGCAUUCAUUAAAAUGAGCAGUCGUUCCGACUGUACAGCAUCUUAAGUUGUCAUCGCUAACGAUCAGGAAGUUAAUGUGGGUGAUCAUGUACUGUACAUACGUGUCACAAGGACGUCUUUGAAAAUAGCAUGCACUGCACAAAUUACACGCACACACACACGCACGCACACGCACACACGUAUGCACACUUUUCUUUUUUGCUUUUUGCUGUGUCAUUAACUUUAAAUCUGAAUUUUUUUGUCAUAAAGAUUGUUGAUGUGAAUACUCAACAAAAUAAAGGAAUUACAAAGAACCUGUGAAUCAUCCUAGACAACAGGGGCCGGUUGCACCAACUGGUCUUUACUAAGUCUGGUCCUAACUGCUAAGUUGGUCUUUGUUAAGACCAGUCCUUAGAAUUCAACUAAAGUCGGUUGCACCAGCAGAACUUGCGCCUGGUCUUAACUACGCCCGGUUUUAGCGAUGCGCGUCCAUGUGAAUGCCUACGGAACAAUGACAACUUGCCUGUUUUAAAGAUUAGAACUCUAUCUGCUGUCAAUCACGUCCCCCGUUCGGAGGAAACCGCUGUUAAAGUGAAUGACAUGUAGCCUAAUGCCUAAUGCGUGGCACCUAUUAACUCGCUAAAUAAAUAACUUAACAAUUACUGUAGCCUAGUUCCUUCUCAUUAUGUCAAGAAUAAGCAAAGGAGACGCAUUAUUAUCCUUUCAGAGAUAAGGCUACCAAUAGGCUGUGGCAGAACAACACUAACUGGUAGAAGCGUUAUCUGCACUGUAAAAUGCAAGUAAAAAGUUUAUGUUAUGUAAAGAGCUAUACCAUGGAAUACGGAAUAACGUCAGCCAACCAGCCACGUUGUGCUAGAAAUGCCGUAACAGGUAGCCUAGGCAAUUAUCUAACAAAUGUAACGUUAGCUUACACGGUUUAUGUUUAUGCACUAAACGUAAUUGUAGGGCGGGCUAGAUAGCCUACCUAUGCAUCUUCAAAUGUUUCCAAGCCUAUGGUUAUCCCUAUUAGGAAUGUACAAUAAGCUGUUAAUAAAGGUUUUUAAUUCGUGAAUGAUACCGAAAGCCCCUCUAAAUGAUUGCCAGGCUGGCGUAGCGAAGUGUCAACCUAAAAUGAAUGCUAGCUGACCAACAAGCGAGUAGCCUAUGGGAAUAAAAACAAUGUAGUUUGCGCUGUAGAAACGACUGUGAGAAGUGCUCAAAUGUUGGUCUUAAGAACUUACGCCUACUACUGAGUAGGCGUAAGAUCUACGCCCGGUCUUAGCGAAAAGAAUGCUUAAGCCUAGAUGGUGCAACUGGCGUAUCUAUCAGGUUGGACUUAGAACGCUGAGUUAGGACCGACGUAGCUUAAGACCGGGCGUAAGCAUGUUGGUGCAACCGGCCCCAGGAGUUCUAUGGUAUCCCAGUCAACAUCAUACAUGAAUCUUAGUCAUUUAGCUACGGUAUCCCAGUCAAAAAUUUCCAUUAAAUGUAGUAAAUGUAAGUAACUUGCAAAGUCAAAGUUAAGUCUUUAAAGGAGAAGAGGGUGACCCUAGUGUUAAGUGCUACUUAAGUGGUAUAGUGAAAUGUCACAUUUCUGAUAUGCUUUUCGACUUUUGAUUUCCUGUUCUGACAUGCUGAUAUGAUUUUUGUGCUUUAUUAUUAUUUAAGCGGAUGGUGAUAAGAAAUGGCUAUUUGCUAUGCCUGUGGGCUGUUUAGUUGUACACGAUGAGAGUGGAAACUAUGAGAGCUUUGAGCUGAGAUGUUCAGCCUGCUGUGUGUGGGUGAGUUGCUAUGUAUAUCCAAUAAACACGUUAUCUUGA